UAGACCAUACUCAUCAUACUGUCCAUAGAAUGAUAGAUUUAGAUUAAUUUAGAAUAAAUUAGAUCUAAGUAAGACCGAAUAAUCGGAAUAACAGUUUUAAACAGCUGUUCAGUGUUUGAAGUCAACUCAGUCUCACUCAGUAUUUUCUUGUACAAGUAUCCUGUUAGUGGCAACUGGAAAAAAUUUAGAAGCAUUAGCAUUAGAAAAUAAGCACAUUGGCCCUUUGUGAGAAGUCUUCAGUACAUUUUGAAAACAUUUUGAAUAGUUUGUCACCUUCCUGUGGAACACCAUUGUACAUUUUUACUGAGUGACUUGGGCCUCCAGUAGGUUUGACAGCAGUUCAUCCAUAGAGUAUAUAUAUUAUAUAUAUGUUUAUUUUGCUUUAGCAAGUAUCCAAUACUCAGGGCUGGAUAGACUCUUGAAAAGCUUUCAUUUCCUGAAUAAAAUCUCUUCACAUAAACUUCAGGCAUCACCUGUAGAAACCAAUUUCUUCUCAAAGUGAGGAUUAAAAUCAAAUAUAAUAAUAAUAAUAUUUUUACAGAACUAAUGUACUAUUCUCACACUAAUUCUGAGCUAUAAUGGCUUCAUUCCUACUGGACAAAAACUCUCCCAUUAGAGCUCGAUUGAGACACAGAUCUCAUCAUUCAGACUCAGAUGGUGUAACUUCUGAAAGUGCCGCAAGUAUCACUACUAACAAAGAAGAAAACAACUCAGAGACAAAAAAAAACAGUAAUAAAUCCAGUGACAAUGAAGAAGGAAAUUCAUUUCAUAAAACUGAGAAAAAAAAUGUGAAAAGUAAAUCCAUACUUAGUUACUUUAUGACUGAGCUAACAAGAGAUUACAAACUUGAAGGAGAUGCCUCAAAAUUUGUAGAACGUCGAGACCGAGUGUAUACCUCUGUAAAUACACCAAGAAAUUUAGAAAAGUUCUGUGCUUUUGGAUUCUUACAAUGUUUAGAUUCCAUUUUAUACAUGGUCACAUUUUUGCCUCUGCGUAUUUUGGUAGCUCUGACUAGAUUGCUGACAUAUCCUUGCACUGUCAUAUUUAUUGGAGACAGACCUAUUUUGGAUGCUGCACAGAUCUGUGAUCUUUUAAAAGGCUUGAUACUGGUCAUAAGCUGUUUCAUGACGAGCUAUAUUGAUAUGUCUAUGAUCUAUCAUAUUGUCAGAGGACAGUCGAUCGUCAAGUUCUAUGUCUUUUAUAAUAUGUUGGAUGUGAUGGACAAACUUGUAUCAGGCUUUGGUCAGGAUGUUUUAGACAGUCUGUAUUGGACAGCUGUUGAACCCAGAGGAAGAAAAAGAGAACAUUUUGGAACUAUUUUUCAUUUAAUAUUUGCUAUCGUAUAUGUCAUAAUCCAUACAGUGAUGAUACUCAUACAAGCCAUUAUUCUUAAUGUAGCCUUCAACUCCCACAACAAAAAUCUUCUGACAAUUAUGAUGUCUAACAAUUUUGUGGAGAUAAAAGGAAACCUGUUCAAAAGACUUGACAAGAACAAUUUGUGUCAAAUAACUUACAGUGAUGUGAAGGAACGGUUUCAUUACUUAGUGCUGUUGUUAUUUGUAUUUAUUAGAAAUAUGAAAGAACUACAAUGGAAAUGGGAUACAGCGUUCCCUAUUCUACAGGAUGCAGCUCUUGUUAUGUUGGUAGAAGUGAUUGUAGACUGGAUCAAACAUGCAUUUAUCACCAAGUUCAAUGAGCUCUCAGCAAGUUCCUAUGCAGACUUUGCGCUUGGCUUGGCUCAAGAUAUUGCAUCAAGUCAAAAGAAACAUGCUUUUACCAACUUCAGUGAUCAAGUGUGUAGAAGAAUGGGCUUCACUCCAAUGCCACUCAUAUGUUUGCUGUUCAUGGUCUGUACUAAGUCCUUCAACAUCACAGGCCCACUUGCUUGGCUUCUUGUAUUUUUGUUUUACUUGUGCUUGAUUUCUGCCAAAGUUUUAAAUAGUGUCAUUUUACUGGGCUGGGCUCAGCGUCUUAUCACAGAGAGAGAUACCAAUGCUCAGUCCACUGGAUUAGUUAUCAAUUCCCAGGUUAUACCCAAGAAAGAAGAAAAAAGCUCAGUACCUAAACCUAAGAAUGACAUCAGUGUUGAACUGUUGACUAUGGAAAAACCCAUACAUCCUUCAGCAUCAUCCUCUGUCAAGAUGGAACCUACUAUCUAUACUGAUGAAGGAAAUGUUUUUCUUCCAUAUGUUAGUCCUGAGAGAUACAUACUUGAUAGAGACAAUGUCAUCAUCACUAGGCAUUGUAAAGAUUGUUUAAGCUUAAAGAAUUUAAGCUCAGAAAGUAACUCGUCUAAUCCUCAGCUAUUUAAUAAAGAUUCGUCAGAAAUGUCUGUCCUUUCCAACGCAUCACAGUCUGUCAGCUUUGCAGUCUGUCAAGAUGAUGGCUUUAUCUCUGUUUCUGAAAAAUCACCUUCUUCACGAAAUCUUUUGCCUGAUGAACAACAGCUUGAUAGCCCAUGUGCAGGCAAUAUUCUGUUUGAUAAGCAACAGCUUACUAGCUCGUCUGCAGACAAUCUUCUGCUUGACUCUCUACAGUCUACCAACUCAUAUGCACAACAACUUGUAAAAACUUUGGAUAAGCUGCAAGACAAAGAAAGUGAGGAACUAGAAACUGUAGUAGAGCCAGUGACAAAAGAUUUAUUGAGCAUUCCUGGAGACCAAAAUCAUCCACAAUUUCUUCAUGACACUUCAGUCACUUCCAACACUGCUUGUACUGACACUACAAAGGAAACCUCUGGGAUCAAUCAAGAUAUUAAUUCUUAAAUUUGUUUUCAUAUUGCUGUAAUUUUGCAUAGUUCUUUUGCUGCUGUGUUUUGGGGACUUCAUUAUCUUGCCCAGUGAUUUUUAGUGGCCAUAUUUUCAGAAAUAUUUUUGACAUAAUUUCAAAUUGAAACAAAAUAGUAUGAGUUUCUAUUACAAUUACUAUAACUGCCUUCUUUUUUUUUUAUCUUUCUGUGAUCUUUCUUCUGCUGUUGAUUAUUUCCUGUAUUUGUUUGAUCUUGUUUCCUUUUGAAGCUUUGUUAACUGUUGGCUGAAUUGACUACAUUUGUAUGGAAAAAAAUGAAAUGAAUAAAUGACUCUAGCUUGUAAUUAAUAUAUAUAAUAUAGCUUCAUCUUGUAAUUCAAUAUUUCUUCUUGCGAUUUCAAAAAUCAGUUUAAAAACUUAUUUGUAAUCAUUUCUAAAGGCUUAUAUUACAAAAUUUGAAUUAGUUGUUUCCUUGCAUACAGUUUUGCUAUUAACACUUCUAGACUACAGCUACAUUCUAGUGAUUGAUUUUGAACAAAGAAAUGAGACAAUCAAGAGUGUUGACUAUUUAAACAUUUAAUUCGGUAAUGAAAAGAAUCCCUCUAUGCUGUCACUGUUGCUAACCAAUUAGUCCAAAAACUUCUGGAUUAACCCAAAACUAGUCUGCCUUCAAAGACGCCAACAUAAGAACUGUUUUUAUUUCAUUUCUUACUCUAGUCUUUUUUAUAUUAUUAUAACAUUCUUGCUGCUAUAUAAAACAAAACCCUAAACAAAAAAAACAUUUAAUACUAACUUUUACGCUCCAAAUUCCUUGUUGUAAACUUGCAAAGCCUAACAAAUUAUUACAGAGUUUAUGAAGGUUAACUGACUGAUAAUUUAUAGAUGAAAACUUUGAUGCAAUUAUUCAUUUUCUUCAGUGUGACUGGUACUGCCAUUAUAAAAGUCAUUUUAUGCAUCAUAUGUUAAUGUGUUGCUUUACUGCUUAUAUUUCACAUGAUUUGAGAACAUAACAUUUUUCUAAAUUGAAUCAUUUGUUUGUGUAUGAAUUAAUAAAGAUGCAUGCAUUUUUUUUGCCUUCAAUUUUUUUCUUUGUACAAUAAACCAGCAUUGUUGAACAAAAAUCA